GACCACUGUGGAGUACCCAGAGCUGCGCAGUCACGUUCCUCUCUGCCAUUUCUGGGACCAGAGUGAGCCAAGACUGUUUGUAUGUGAAGCGGUCCUGGAGACAAGCUGCCAGUCUCCAGAGCAGAAGGAAGAACAGCCCGAGAGCACACUGGAUGUUUUGAUUAUAUCAUUCUUCAGCACUGAAGAGCAUGGCCUUUUGCUUCAGGAAAGCUUUCCACUACCUUCAUCCUACCAGGUUCUCUUGGGCAUCGAGGUGCCACAUUAUUACUUUGCAAAAAAGUCAGGAGAAGCUGAGACAGAAGGACAAGCAGAGUCUGGCUCAAAGGUUUCCCAGAUGGUUGCCCGAAGACCCAUGAGAGAUUUUGUUGGAUUAGGAGACUGUGAUAAGACUACCCGGGAUGCCAUGCUGAACUUCAGCUUCCAUCUGACUGCUGGAGACAUGGACGAGGCUUUCAGAGCCAUAAAGCUGAUCAAAAGUGAAGCCGUCUGGGAGAACAUGGCUCGCAUGUGUGUGAAGACUCAGAGACUGGAUGUUGCCAAAGUCUGCCUUGGGAACAUGGGUCAUGCCAGAGGGGCCAAGGCGCUGAGGGAGGCCGAGCAGGAACCCGAGCAGGAGGCCAGAGUGGCUGUGCUGGCCAUUCAGCUGGGCAUGCUGGAGGACGCAGAGCGACUCUACAUGUCUUGCAAGCGCUAUGACCUCCUGAACAAGUUCUACCAAGCCUCAAACCAGUGGCAGAAAGCACUGGAGACAGCAGAGCAGCACGACCGGGUCCACCUCCGCACCACCUACUACAACUACGCCAAGCACCUGGAGGCCACCGGCGACCACGGCCUCGCACUCACCCAUUAUGAGAAGUCGGACACACACCGAUUUGAGGUACCCCGAAUGCUCUCUGAAGACUUGCAAGCCUUGGAGACCUAUGUCAACAAGAUGAAAGACAAGAACCUCUGGAAAUGGUGGGCACAGUACCUAGAGAGCCAGUCAGAUAUGGAAGCUGCACUCAAGUACUAUGAACUGGCUCAGGAUUAUUUUUCCCUGGUGCGUGUGCACUGCUUCCAGGGCAACAUUCAGAAGGCUGCUGAAAUUGCGAAUGUAACAGGGAAUUGGGCUGCAUCGUAUCACUUGGCCCGCCAGUACGAGAGUCAGGAUGAAAUCAAGCAGGCUGUACACUUCUACACCAGGGCCCAAGCAUUUAACAAUGCCAUUCGCCUGUGUAAGGAGAACAAUUUAGAUGAUCUGCUGAUGAACCUGGCUCUUCUGAGCUCUCCAGAAGACAUGAUAGAGGCAGCCUGCUACUAUGAGGAAAAAACAGAGCAAAUGGACAGAGCUGUCAUGUUGUACCACAAGGCAGGACACUUCUCCAAAGCCCUGGAACUUGCCUUUGCCACGCAGCAGUUUGGGGCCCUCCAGCUAAUUGCUGAAGACCUGGAUGAGAAGUCUGACCCGGCACUGCUGGCCCGCUGCUCUGACUUCUUCAUCGAGCAUGGCCAGUACGAGAAGGCCAUAGAGCUGCUGCUAACAGCCAAAAAGUACCACAAGGCCCUGCAAGUUUGCCUGAAGCAGAAUCUGACCAUCACGGAGGAGAUGGCUGAGAAGAUGACAAUCGCCAAGGACUCCGAGGACAUCUCGGAGGAGUCUCGAAGGGAGCUGCUGGAACAAGUUGCCGACUGCUGUAUGAGGCAAGGCAACUACCACAUGGCAACCAAGAAGUACACUCAGGCAGGAAAUAAGUUAAAGGCUAUGAGAGCACUCCUGAAAUCUGGAGACACGGAGAAAAUUGUGUUUUUUGCUGGAGUAUCCAGACAGAGAGAGAUUUAUAUCAUGGCAGCCAACUACCUGCAGUCACUGGAUUGGCGCAAGGACCCGGAGAUUAUGAAGAACAUCAUUAGCUUCUAUACCAAAGGAAAGGCCCUCGAUCUGUUGGCAGGUUUCUAUGAUGCUUGUGCUCAGGUGGAAAUCGAUGAGUAUCAGAACUAUGAGAAAGCACAGGGAGCGCUGACAGAAGCGUACAAGUGCCUUUCAAAAGCAAAAAUGAGAAGCCCUCUGGAACAGGAAAGCAAAAUAGCACUUCUGCAAAGCAAGAUGGCCCUGAUCAAGCGAUUCAUCCAUGCUCGGAGAAUUCACUCUGAAGACCCCACAGAAGCGGUGAGACAGUGUGAACAACUCCUGGGUGAACAAGAUCUCGACAGCACCAUCCGUCGCGGGGAUGUCCUGGGGUUUCUGGUAGAACACUAUCUGCAAGUGCAGGAUUUCCAUACGGCUUACCGCUACCUGGAAGAGAUGCGGAAGAGAAUUCCGGGUGGGAACCCAAGCUACUUCGUGCCUCAGGAGACCGUGGAGGCCGUUCACCGAGGAGCCGGCGUGCCCUUGAGCCGAACGCUGGCGCCAGAGCAACCUGGGCACAGCAGUGUGGACACCAAGGAGGUGGAGGAAGAAGUGGCUGAUGAGCUAGAGGACCCCUGA